AUGUCUCUGCCGUUUUAUCAGAAGCUUCACCAGCACUAUGACCGCAGCUACCGCAGCAAGGACCUCAGCAGCACCAUGAGCCAGUACCAGCAGGAGAAGAAAAGCUCGGCCAUCUACACCCACGGCUCCACCGCCUACAGCAGCCGCUCCUCCGCUGCCCACCGCCAGGAGUCAGCGGCCUUCAGCCAGGUGUCCGCCGCAUCCUACCAGCAUCAGGCCUCCCGGGCCUCCGAGUUUGCCCUCUCCUCUGCAGCCGGUCACAAGGCGACGUCGGCCUACGACUAUGGCCACUCCCGCGGACUUACAGAUUCCAGUCUGAUGUUAGGUUAUUCAUCCAAGUUGAGCCCCCAAACAAAGAGAGCCAAGAAGAGCCUUCUCUCUGGAGAGGAGAAAGAAAAUCUGCCAAGUGACUACAUGGUGCCUAUUUUCUCAGGACGCCAAGUGCAUGUCAGUGGAAUUACAGAUACGGAAGAGCAAAGAAUUAAAGAAGCUGCUGCUUACAUAGCCCAGAGGAAUCUCCUUGCUAGUGAGGAAGGCAUAACAGCCAGCAAGCAGUCCUCAGUAUCUAAGCAGUCCAUGUCCACGCUUCACCAAGAAGAGGCCUUUGAGAAGAAGUCAAGGAAAGUUGCCAUUCGAGAAAAGGCAGAACAUCUGUCACUGAAAAAAACGUUAGAAGAAACCGAGGCAUUUCAUAAAAAGUUGAAUGAAGAUAAUCUUCUCCAUGCUCCUGAAUUUAUCAUUAAACCUCGUUCCCAUACUGUUUGGGAGAAAGAAAAUGUAAAAUUACACUGCUCUAUAGCUGGCUGGCCAGAACCUCGUGUCACAUGGUAUAAAAACCAGGUACCAAUAAAUGUCCAGGCACAUCCUGAAAAGUAUAUCAUCGAAAGCCGAUAUGGAAUGCACACUCUGGAGAUAAUUGGGUGUGAUUUUGAAGACACGGCUCAGUACCGGGCCUCGGCGAUGAAUGCCAAAGGAGAACUUUCAGCAUAUGCUUCGGUUGUGGUAAAGAGAUACAAGGGAGAGUUUGAUGACACUCGCUUCCAUUCGGGGGCUUCCACCUUGCCCCUCAGCUUUGCCGUGACCCCUUACGGUUAUGCGUCUAGGUUUGAUAUUCACUUUGAUGACAAGUUUGAAGUGUCUUUUGGGAGAGAAGGCGAGACAAUGAGUCUGGGCUGCCGUGUAGUUAUCACCCCUGAAAUUAAACAUUUCCAGCCGGAGAUCCAGUGGUACCGAAAUGGGGCACCUGUUUCUCCAUCAAAAUGGGUGCAAACACAUUGGAGUGGAGAUCGGGCAACACUAACAUUUUCUCAUCUCAACAAGGAAGACGAAGGUCUCUACACAGUUCGUGCUCGAAUGGGAGAAUAUUAUGAACAGUACAGUGCUUACGUCUUUGUUCGAGAUGCUGAUGCAGAGAUUGAAGGAGCCCCCGCUUCUCCCCUGGACGUGGUGUGCUUGGAUGCCAACAAGGAUUACAUCAUCAUCACCUGGAAGCAGCCGGCUGUGGAUGGAGGGAGUCCGAUUCUGGGAUAUUUUAUUGAUAAAUGUGAGGUGGGCACAGACACCUGGACUCAGUGCAAUGACAUUCCUGUGAAAUUUGCUCGUUUCCCAGUCACUGGGUUGAUCGAAGGCCGUUCUUACAUAUUCCGAGUUCGAGCUGUGAACAAAGUUGGGAUAGGCCUGCCCUCUCGAGUCUCCGAGCCCGUGGCAGCUCUGGAUCCAGCUGAGAAAGCUAGACUGAAGAGCCGCCCCUCAGCACCCUGGACUGGACAGAUCAUUGUCACUGAGGAAGAACCAACAGAGGGUGUUGUUCCCGGGCCCCCCACUGACCUCUCUGUCAUUGAGGCCACGCAGAGCUAUGUGGUGCUGAGCUGGAAGCCCCCCCGCCAGCGUGGCCAUGAAGGCAUCCUGUACUUUGUAGAAAAGUGUGAAGCGGGAACAGAAAACUGGCAGCGGGUGAACACAGAGCUCCCUGUGAAAUCUCCCCGCUUUGCUCUGUUCGACUUGGCUGAGGGGAAAUCCUACCGUUUCCGAGUCCGCUGUUCUAAUUCGGCAGGAGUUGGUGAGCCGUCAGAGGCAACGGAAGUGACCGUGGUUGGCGACAAGCUUGACAUCCCCAAGCCUCCGAGCAACAUCAUCCCAAGCAGAAACACAGACACAUCAGUGGUUGUUACGUGGGAGGAACCCAAAGAUGCUAAAGAGCUGGUCGGGUACUACAUAGAGUCAAGCAUUGUUGGCUCUGGCAAGUGGGAGCCUUGCAACAACAACCCUGUGAAGGGCACAAGAUUUACUUGUCACGGAUUGAAGACCGGUCAGAGUUAUAUUUUCCGGGUCAGAGCAGUUAACGCAGCUGGACUUAGUGAAUAUUCACAGGAUUCAGAAGCAAUCGAAGUAAAAGCUGCCAUUGGGGGCGGAAUGUCUCCAGCUGUGUGGCCUGAGAUGAAUGAGACACCUGGUGGACUAACAGACUCCAGGGGAGGCAUGCAUGACACCUCCCAGCCAACCUUUAAGAAAGAUGCUUUGCUUGGUAGCAAACUUAACAAACCUUCACUACCCAGUAGCGCUCACAACCUGGGCCAAACAGAAGUGAGUAAAAUAAGUCAAACAGUUCAGGAAGCGCUUUCCCUGCCAUCAAAGAAAGCAGCCCUUGAGGGGAAAAGUAAGUCUGAGCCUCUGAGAGAGAAGAAGGACCUAGCACCACCAUCUCCACCCUGUGACAUCACCUGUCUCGAAAGUUUUCGUGAUUCAAUGGUUCUUGGAUGGAAGCAGCCAGAUAAGACUGGAGGGGCUGAAAUUACGGGCUAUUAUGUGAACUAUCGUGAAGUAAUCGACGGGGUACCAGGAAGAUGGAGAGAAGCCAACAUCAAAGCUGUCAGUGAUGAGGCAUAUAAGAUAAGCAAUCUGAAGGAGAACAUGGUGUAUCAGUUCCAAGUGGCGGCCAUGAACAUUGCCGGGUUGGGAGCGCCCUCAGCAAUAAGCGCCAGCUUCAAAUGUGAAGAAUGGACCAUUGCUGUUCCAGGACCACCGCACAGUCUCAAGUACAGUGAAGUCAGGAAAACCUCCCUGGUUCUGCAGUGGAAGCCUCCCAUCCACUCAGGACGGACUCCAGUCACUGGCUACUUUGUGGACAUAAAGGAGGCCAGUGCCAGAGAGGACCGGUGGCGAGGACUCAAUGAGGCGGCUCUGAAACACACAUACCUGAAGGUGCAAGGCCUCAAAGAGGGUGAGAGCUACGUGUUCCGAGUUCGAGCCAUAAACCAGGCUGGUGUUGGGAAGCCGUCUGAGCUUGCUGGGCCUGUUGUGGCCGAAACCCGCCCAGGAACCAAAGAAGUUGUUGUAAGUGUGGAUGACAAUGGAAUCAUUUCCUUGAACUUUGAAUGUGAUCAGAUGGCUCCAAGUUCUGAGUUCACCUGGUCCAAAGAUUAUGUGCCCACGGAGGACUCUCCGAGAUUAGAGGUUGAAAGCAAAGGCAACAAGACGAAAAUGACCUUCAAAGACCUCGGGACGGAAGACUUGGGCAUUUACUCCUGCGAUGUCACAGACACUGAUGGAAUAGCAUCGAGCUACUUGAUAGAUGAGGAAGAAUUGAAACGUUUGCUUGCUCUCAGCCAAGAACACAAGUUCCCAACGGUCCCAGUUAAAUCAGAAUUGGCAGUGGAAAUUUUGGAGAAAGGCCAGGUCCGGUUCUGGAUGCAGGCUGAGAAGCUGUCUGCCAAUGCCAAAGUCAACUACAUAUUUAAUGACAAGGAGAUUUUUGAAGGGCCGAAAUAUAAGAUGCAUAUUGACCGAAACACUGGUAUAAUUGAAAUGUUUAUGGAAAAACUACAGGAUGAGGAUGAAGGCACAUAUACCUUCCAGGUUCAAGAUGGAAGAGCAACUGGCCAUUCUACCCUUGUUCUCAUUGGAGAUGUUUAUAAAAAGCUCCAGAAAGAAGCUGAAUUCCAGCGUCAAGAAUGGAUCAGGAAACAAGGUCCACAUUUCGCUGAGUAUUUGAGCUGGGAAGUGACUGGUGAAUGUAAUGUACUAUUAAAAUGCAAGGUGGCGAAUAUUAAGAAAGAGACUAGUAUUAUAUGGUACAAAGAUGACAGGGAGAUUUCAGUGGAUGAAAAGCAUGACUUUAAGGACGGCAUAUGUACCCUCCUUAUAACAGAGUUUUCCAAGAAAGAUGCUGGGAUUUAUGAAGUUGUUCUGAAAGAUGACAGAGGAAAAGAUAAGAGCAGAUUGAAGCUUCUGGAUGAAGCCUUUAAAGAGCUAAUGACUGAAGUAUGUAAAACAAUAGCUUUGUCUGCGACAGAUCUGAAGAUCCAGAGCACAGCUGAGGGCAUCCGGCUAUACUCUUUUGUUACUUACUACGUGGAUGAUCUGAAAGUUAACUGGUCCCACAAUGGUACUCCUAUUAAGUACUCAGACAGAGUUAAGAGUGGGGUCACCGGGGAACAGAUUUGGCUGCAAAUCAACGAGCCCACCCCCAAUGACAAGGGCAAGUACGUGAUGGAGCUCUUUGACGGUAAAACCGGACACCAGAAGAUGGUGGACCUUUCUGGACAAGCGUACGAUGAGGCCUUUGCGGAAUUCCAGAGAUUGAAACAAGCUGCCAUCGCCGAGAAGAAUCGCGCCCGGGUGGUGGGUGGCCUCCCCGAUGUGGUCACCAUCCAAGAGGGCAAGGCGCUUAACCUCACGUGCAUUGUGUGGGGCGACCCGCCUCCGGAGGUCUCCUGGCUGAAGAACGAGAAGUUCCUGGCCUCGGAUGAGCACUGCAACCUGAAGUUUGAGGCUGGCAAGACGGCCUACUUCACCAUCAACGGGGUCAGGACAUCCGACUCGGGCAAGUACGGGCUGGUCGUGAAGAACAAGUAUGGCUCGGAGAUCAGCGACUUCACUGUCAGCGUGUUCAUCCCAGAGGAGGAAGCCAGGAGUGUGGCCGAGGAGCCCCAGAAGGGCAACAAGAAGGCCAAGUGA